AUGGCUUGUUGCAGAAGGGUGGAUGACACCAUGGCUCUUCGAUGGAAUGAGUUUUUGCCAAGUGUCACGUCAUCACCAGAAGGAGAUAAUGGCCGGAAAGAGAAGACUAAGAGGGGGUGUGAUCGGGAUAGAACCCAAGUGCAGUUCAUGUCUGUGAAGCUAAAGAAAUAUCUCAGUGCCGAGAAUGGUGGUGGAGCCACUAUGGUGACUAAUCGCACGGACGCCUCCGGCUGGGAAACUUUUAAGUAUGUGGGAAUUAGUACAAGAGGCCAGAGAAUAAGAGCUGUAGCACAUUCAAACCAACCCGGUACGUCAGAAACGUUUCAGAUUGUAAGGAACGGCAAUGAUCCCAAGCGAAUCCGUAAUUUCCGCAUCCGAGCACCAAAUGGCCAGUUUUUACCGCAGACUAAAACAGAGACAUUGGUGACUGCCGAUUUUCAAGGUGAUCAAGGUUGGGGAGAUGACAAUCCUUCUGUGUUUGAGAUGAAGAUUGUACACACCAUGCAAGGUGAAUUCCAAUUGACAUAUGGCUAUAGUCCUGACAGAGCACCUCAAAUUAUGAGAGACCACUGGAGCACUUACAUUGUGGAAGAGGAUUUCAAGUUCAUGUCUCAAAAUGGUCUAAAUGCAGUGAGGAUUCCAGUCGGAUGGUGGAUAGCAAGUGAUCCACCACCCAAGCAUUUUGUUGGUGGGUCUAUACAAGCUCUGGAUAAUGCUUUUAGAUGGGCACAGACAUACAGUAUGAAGAUUAGAGUUGAUCUGCAUGCAGUUCCUGGCUCGCAGAAUGGCAACGACCACAGUGGUACAAGAGAUGGAUAUCAGGAAUGGGGAGCCUCCAACAUACAGGAUUGUGUUAAUGUCAUAGACUUCUUAGCAUCUAGGUUCAAGAAAUUAACCUUCCAUAGAACUUCCUUACAAUAUACUGCAACAUAA